AUGAGUCCUUGGAAAGCACCCGGGCCGGAUGGAUUACAUGCGGCCUUUUAUCAAAGCACGUGGGAUGUGGUGGGUGAUAGUGUUCACAAGUUGGUUAGGAAUGCAUUUGUGUCAUGGAAGCUACCCCUUGGCGUUAACGAAACCAUUCUGGCCCUUAUUCCAAAGAUCGGGGCGCCGGAAACCAUCAAGCAGUUUAGGCCAAUCAGACUUUGCAACGAGUCAUAUAAAAUUAUCACCAAAACAAUUACGAAUAGGCUCAAGGCCAUUUUGCCUAAGCUGGUAGGUCCCUUUCAGAGCUCCUUUGUCCCGGGCAGACAAAUUUCAGACAACGUGAUCAUCUAUCAGGAACUCAUGCACUCGAUGCGGGUCAAAAAAGGAAAAAAGGGUCUCAUGGCCAUUAAAAUCGAUUUGGAAAAGGCGUAUGGCCAUCUUUCGUGGAAUUUUAUUAUUGAUACGCUUUUGGAUGCAGAAGCUUCCGUUGAGCAGUUAAGUGUAAUUCAGCAGUGCCUGUCGAGGUUCUGCGAAGCAUCUGGGCAGAAAAUCAGCCUAAGCAAAUCCCAGGUAUUUUUCUCACGGAAUACGAGCCCAGACGUUGCAACGGCGAUCUCGGCCACCCUGAAUAUCCCGGUGACGACGAAUCUAGGGAGGUACUUAGGGGUACCUUCUGUGCAUGGCAGAGUUACUCAAGCAACUUUUUCAAGACUGCUCGACCGAGUGAUGAUGCGGCUUGAAGGGUGGCGCAGUAAAACCUUAUCUUUUGCAAGGAGAGUUGCCAUGGCCAAAACGGUUUUGAGUGCCAUACCCAUGUACACGAUGAAAACGACGAACCUGCCUAAGGGUGUGUGUAAGAAGUUAGAAAUGAUCACCAGGCGUUUCAUAUGGAGUGGUGACGGGGAGACGCGGCGGGUUAGCCUCGUCGCUUGGGUGACUAUGACGAGACCACCGGCAGACGGGAGACUAGGCCUGUGCAGAAUCGAAGACGUCAACUCGGCGUUCAUGGCAAAGCUUGGAUGGCGGAUCCUCACUGAACGUGACAGCCUAUGGACCUAA